GCUUAUUCUUUCUUUUCUUUUAUUUUCAUGAAAUCAGCGGGGGAGGAUGGGCGGGUUGUGUUUCCACAGAACACCACUCAAAGAAACAGUUAGCGGUAUCCUAUACUGUUCUAAAUUGCUCGACAACAUAAUGAUAGAAUCAUAGAAACAUGGCACCAAACAUCAUAUAAUCAUAAAGCUAGAAGAGACCAUCCAGUCCAACGCCAUUCUGCCAUGCAAAAACAAUAUACAGUAGAGUCUCACUCAUCCAACACUCGCUUAUCCAAUGUUCUGGAUUAUCCAACUUAUUUUUGUAGUCAAUGUUUUCAAUAUAUUGUGAUAUUUUGUUGCUAAAUUCGUAAUUAAUACGUAAUAUUACUGCGUAUUGAACUACCUUUUCUGUCUAAUUUGCUGUUAAACAAGAUUUUUUGGGGCUUAAUUUGUAAAAUAACCUAAUUUGCUGUUCAAAAGGCUUUUCCUUAAUGUCUCCUUAUCAUCCAACAUAUUUGCUUAUCCAACGUUCUGCUGGCCCGUUAAUGUUGGAUAAGCGAGACUCUACUGUAUCCAGAAAUAUCUGGUGCUGUAACCGAUAUAUCAUUUACCGUCCCGGAAUACUAGCCAGAUGGCCCAUGAAUGGUCACAAAAGUCAUAGAAAUAUGGUCACAGAAGUCAUGGAAUAAUAGAAACAUGGUCCCUAAAGUCAUAGACUCAAAGAACCAAGUAACAGAAUCAUCCAAAAAGUCCUAGAAUCCUAAAAUGAUAGAAUCAUAGAGUCAUGGCGCCAAACAUCAUAGAAUCAUAAAGGUAGAAGAGACCAUCCAGUCCAAUGCUAUUCUGCCAUGCAAAAGCAAUAUAACACUCUUGCAGGCUUCAUCAUUACUGGAUCCGUCCUUCAGGACUUUUGCAAACGUUGGAUGUGCAAUGUUGCUAUUUCAUCCAAGGCAGAAAUUCAACUCAUUCUUGGAUGGACAAACAGAACCACAACUGCUAACGUUCCCUUAAGGCAGUGUUUCUCAACCUGUGGAUCUCCAGGUGUUUUUACCUACAGGUCCCAGAAAUCCCAGCCAUUUUACCAGCUGUUAGGAUUUCUGGGAGUUGAAGGCCAAAACAUCUGGGGACCCACAAGUCGAGAACCACUGCCUCAAGGGAGAAACUGUGGCAUUACCUCCGAAGUUAAAAAAUUGGAAAAACCAAACUCUUCCUUGAAAAGCUGUGAUUGUCUAGACAUGUGGGGGUUAAAUCUAGGGCAAAGGAGGGUAAAAAUAGAUGGGAGGGUCCAAUGUGAAAGGUUUGGAACCCCUCCCCUUAUAUAUAAAACAAAGACUCCGCCUCCAAUAUGUGGCAUUCAGUGUGUGUCCACACCAGGGUAGAAUUGGCACCAUGCUCUCCAGAUCAGCCAUGCACGUGCCACAUUAUGCCCCUUCCAUGUUCAGGGAGUUUGACAGAUGGAAGGGCUAUCUGAGCCUUGCGAAAGUGGUUACGGAGAUCAUCGCGGAACGCAAGAAGGUCCCAUUUCCAUCUCAGAGUUGGGACACAAUGGAGUACGACAUGCAGCUAGUCCUCAACGAGGACAACUUUGAAACAGCAUCACAAUGGGUUAAUGGAAGCAGUUCCAGCAGCAAGAGCUCCAAAGGUAGUGCCAAUGGCCAGGCUUCCCAAAACAAGGAGAUUUGCAAUUUCUGCAAACACAACGGGGAAUCCAAGCAGGUCUAUUCGUCCCACCGGCUGAAGGGGAUGGACGGCACCGUGGAGUGCCCCAUCUUGCGCAAAUACACCUGUCCGCUCUGCGGUGCCACGGGCGAAAAGGCCCAUACUUUAAAAUACUGCCCACUGAGCCAAGGGAAGAGGUCGCUGUAUCGCAAGUGCGGACGUAACUCGGCUGGACGCAAGGUUUGGAGAAUGGAAGCCCAAUUCUCUUAGACUACAUUUAUGUGUCAGUUGCCUAGUGUGAUGAUUCAUGGGCCCUGCAGUCCUAUUCCUGACAGUAUUGUGGCAGAUGAGGAGGAAAAUAUGGAGUUUUCCCCAGAUUUCCGGUCGGAGUCAGAGCCUUGGCAGCUGCCUGAAGUUCUAGUCCAAGAACCAAUUAAACCUGACCUUGGUGGGAACUCUCCCCCUUAUGGGAGAAAACAGGCUUACACGACUGAUAGAGGAUCGAGAGAAAAAUUUAGAAGUAGUGCUCGCCUUGCUGCCAAAUAUGCCACUGAUUAGAAGUAUUUCCCCUGAGAAAAUACGGGGAGUCUUGCACCUGCAAGCUGGUUUCCUUCGCUCCCUGUUCUCUAGGGAAAGUGAUUGUUGUUUGGGGAAACGAGACCCAAUAUAGGGAAAUUGCGCGAAGGAUUCCUUGCGGAGUCAAUUCGUCAGCUCCUGGAGAGAGGUCAUGUGUGUGUGGACUUCGAAUCCUGUUCCUUGCCUCCUGAAUCUAGUUCCAAGCCUUGUCCUCGUCUCACGGAUUUACCACAGAUCUUGUUCCAUGCUUCAAGUUGCUUUGCCUUUAGCCACAGCUCCAGCCACGUUCCAAGUAACUUUCAGCCUUGUGUCAAGCUUCAUUGGAUUCAAGACUUUUUCUGUUUUCCCAACGCUUUGCUUGGCAAAGCGUGUGUUGCAGUUAUUGGAUUAUAAUCUUUGGACUCUAAUAUUUCAUAUUGGACAAUAAUCUGCUGGACUAUAUUUGGCCUCAUUUGAAAGGUCUGCUUCUGAACUUUAUUCUACACUUGUUUUUAUUGACUUUAUAUAUUCCUUUAAUAAAGAUAUUAGAUAGAAUCUGGCCUCAGUGUAUGGUUAUUGGUGCCCAGCAGCCUAGAUCCUGACACCUUGUAUCAUGCUUUUUUAUACAUAUAAUCAUGUUUUUUACAUAUGUAAUAUCACGUUCCUUUGACAUAUGUAAUUGCCUUAUAUCAUAUUUUAUAUUGUGUUUUAUAUAUGCAGUUACUUUACAUGUUUCUUUUAUGUAUGGAUGUAUAAUUUUUACAUGUUUAAUUAUAUUAUUUGCAACUAUAAUUGCCUAAUAUCAUGCUUCUUUUAUAUAUGCAAUGACAUCAUGUUUAUUUAACGUAUAUAAGUGCCUUAUAUCAUGUCCGGGUUAUCAUGUGUGUCUCCAGAGGGAUGCAGCCCUAUCCUUUGCAGGGAAAAUAUAGAAAUAUCUUCUAAAUGGCUACUGUCUAGAAUUUUGUUUUGUAAAGAAAGGAAAAGUUUAUAUGCUAUUGGAAAGAAAGAUACUAUUUUAUGUUUAAAUUUUGGAAAGGAAUAGAAUUGGUUAUUAUUACUGUGGUCUAACCUUCAAUUGUUUGCAAGUUGUUCUAAAGUUU